CUUUGAAUUUCAGCAAAGCAGCAACGGUUGGCUGAGAAUGAGAGACCUUCUCAUCCUCCGCUACUCUUUCUCCGUCGUUGUCAGCCACAACCAACCACAUCUCUCUAAACCCAAACUAAAAUCCUCUCUUACUAAUCUAUCUAUCUCGUCUGCUCCGCCAUCACCACUUCCCACCGUCGAUUCUCGCUCUCCUCUUCACUCCACUGUCAGUCGGGACUGCAAACUCCGCCUGCCGUACUAUGCCGACCUUGCUUCCAACCUUGCCAGGGACGGACGUCUCCACGAUUUUGCAGUGAUCGUAGAAAGUGUCAUUGUCUCUUGCGGCACCGCUUCUGAUUUACUCUCUGCAUUGAAUUUUGAGCUUGUGGCAAAGGGCGUUUCGCAGAACCUUCGAGAUGGUAAAUUUGAUAGUGUUAUUGAUGUUUUAAGGAGAGUUGGGAAGCUCGGAGUUGCUCCUUCGAAGCUGUUAGACAGAGUGGGUUUAAAGUUGGUGAGAGAAGAGUGCCAACGGAGUGUGAAUUUCGGUGAGGCGGACAAAGUUGUCGAUUUCAUGGAGAUUAUUGCAGAUGAUAUCUCAGUCAAUGAAUUGGUAGACCCAUCUGCGGUUUUAAAAAUUUGUGUUGCUAGACGUAAUUCGAAUUUGGCAGUAAGGUAUGCAUGUACUCUUCCACAUAAGCAUAUUAUAUUCUGUAGCAUCAUAUCUGAAUUUGGAAAGAAAGGAGACUUGGUUUCUGCUUUGACGGCAUUUGAAGCAUCUAAGGAAAACUUGGGUACUCCUAAUAUGUAUGUAUUCCGCUCGAUAAUUGAUACUUGUGGUCUUUGUGGCGACUUUAUGAGAGCUAGGUGCAUUUAUCAGGACUUGAUCAAACAGAAGAUCACCCCAAAUAUUUAUGUCUUCAACAGUCUGAUGAAUGUGAAUGCCCAUGACUGGAGCUACACAUUUCAUUUAUACAAGAACAUGCAAAAUCUUGGUGUCACAGCAGAUAUGGCAACUUAUAAUAUCCUUUUAAAGGCAUGUUGUCUUGCUGGAAGAGUUGAUUUGGCUCAGGACAUUUAUAGGGACGUAAAAAGAAUGGAAUCAUCAGGUUCAUUGAAAUUGGAUAUCUUCACUUACAGCACAGUCAUAAAGGUAUUUGCGGAUGCAAAAUUAUGGCAAAUGGCACUACAGGUUAAGGAAGAUAUGCUAACAGCUGGCGCUGCCCCUAAUUUGUAUACAUGGUCAGCAUUGAUCAGUGCCUGUGCUAAUGCAGGCCGUGUAGAUCGGGCGAUUCAAUUAUUUGAAGAGAUGCUUCUGGCUGGAUGUGAACCUAAUUCUCAAUGUUGCAAUAUUCUUUUACAUGCUUGUGUAGAGGCUUGUCAGUAUGAUAGGGCUUUUCGUCUUUUCAAGGCUUGGAAGGGAAGUGAAUUUCAACAUAUCACUGCUGAAGAUUACAAAGAUAGUACAGAAAGCAGUUCAAGUAGGGCGCACUUGCCUAAACAUUGCAGAACUAAUGUGCCCAAUUCAAAUCAUUUGAGCUUUAUUAGGAGAUUCCCUUUCAAACCUACAUCGACAACUUAUAAUAUAUUGAUGAAGGCCUGUGGUACAGAUUAUUGUCGUGCAACAGCUUUGAUGGAUGAAAUGAAGACAGCAGGUCUUUCACCUAGUCAUAGAACCUGGACGAUUUUGAUUGGUUCACAUGGAUCCUUGGGUGAUGUUGAAGGUGCAUUACAGAUAUUGAAGAACAUGCGCACAGCUGGAAUUGAACCUGACGUUGUCGCAUACACGACAACCAUCAAGGUCUGUGUGGAAAACAAAAAUUUGAACCAAGCAUUUUCGUUAUUUGAAGAAAUGAAAGGAUAUCGAAUACAACCAAAUCUGGUUACGUACAAUACCCUUUUAAGAGCUCGCAGCAGAUAUGGCUCCUUGAAAGAAGUACAACAAUGCCUGGCUAUAUAUCAGGAUAUGCGGAAAGCAGGAUUCAAAUCUAAUGAUUACUACCUCAAGGAACUGAUUGAGGAGUGGUGUGAGGGAGUAAUACAGGACAACAACAGGAACCAAGGAGAAUUAGCUUCCUGUAAAAUAACUAACUUGAGGAGGUCUCAUGGUGUACUUCUGGAAUCAGUCGCAGCACACUUGCAAAAGAGCAAUAGCAAGAGUGUCAUGGUUGACAUUCAGGGCCUUACGAAGGUUGAAGCUCGGAUUCUUGUUCUUGCAGUUUUGCGAAUGAUCAAAGAGAACUAUUCCCAAGGAAAUUUGGUCCCGGAUGACAUAUGGAUUAUCAUAGGAAUCAAUAAUGUAGCUGCAGAGCCAGCUAGAUAUGAUACUGAAGUGAAGGAAGAAAUAAGUAAACUUUUGCGGAACGAAUUAGGGCUUGAGGUUCUUUUGUCAGGAUCUAGAAUUGCAGUCGAUGAACAAAUGGAUAUGCAAAGCCCUCUUGAUUCAGAUCAAAAAUUGGGGGAGAUGUUAGGGGUCAAGACGUUUCCUGCAGAGUUGGAAAGUUCUUCCAGGCGACCCAUAGAUCUGCUGCGAUUAAAGGUGACGAAGAAAUCAUUAUACCGUUGGUUGCAAAAGAGGCAGAAGGGUAUGUCCUUGCACUAUCGAUUCAAGAAAGGAUUAAGUACCUUUAGAGCAUAAUAAUUCUCUGUAUAGAAACAAUAAUUUUGUAUUUUGAUCAUUCCCUGUUAAUUGUCGUAUAAUCCUGUAAGCAAUUGGUGUAUACUAACACCAAGUCUAGCAAAUGCAAUGCAGGCACUUCUAGAGGUUUUCUGUU